ACGUCGGGGUGAAAGGUGAUAUUAUCGAUGACGCCAUCGAGGGAAGAUGGCGGACGGGGAAUCUGGUGGUAGUUGGUGGGGCAGUUGGAUACAAGAUGGUCUCCAAUCAGUCAAAGAAAAGUCUACGGAAGCAUUGGAAUUUAUGAAGCGGGACCUUGCCGAAUUCUCGCAUGUUGUGCAACAUGAUACAGCGUGUACAAUUGCUGCUACUGCAAACGCGGUGAAAGAGAAGCUGAGUGCAGAAACAUCUACAGGAGCGGGACAGCAAGUCAAGAAAGGAUUAUCAAACAUUCUGGGAGUCCUCUCCGACACAUUUGCUCCUCCUCCAGACAAAACAAUUGACUGCGAUGUUAUCACACUGGUUGCAACACCCUCUGGCACUACAGAACUCUACGACAGCACAAAGGCUCGGCUUUACACGCUCCAGGCUGAUCCUGCCACCUACUGCAAUGAACCCGACGGGCCCCUGGAGCUUUACGAUGAGUGGGUGGCUGGUUUUAAUCUUGAUGAGCGGAAAGGGGAAAUCUCAGACCUGUUGGUAAACAGCCCUUCAGUGCGUGCGCUUUAUACAAACAUGGUGCCAGCGGCUGUGUCACAUUCAGAGUUUUGGCAUCGAUACUUUUAUAAAUUAUACCAGUUCGAGCAGGAGGAAAGCAGGAGAAUAGCGUUGAAACAGAGAGCGGAGCAGACUUCUCAGUCCGAGGAACUCCAGUGGGAAGAGGAGGAGGAGGAGGAUGAAUUUGUUGGGGCUUUGCCUCUUAACUCAAAUGUUCAGCAUUUGUCACUGAACUCAUCAUUACCUGUGCAACCUCCGGUGCUGUGCUCCAGAACAGAGAACUCUGUUGAACUUGAGAGUGUGGAUGUUAGUGCCAUUGGCCAAGCACCAUCAGAGCACCAGUCUACAACUGCUGAACAGAGCCCUGUAGAACUCCAAUUUCAAAGCCAGGUGUCCACUUCUAGUGAGACAUCGAGGUCUGAGGAGACAGUGAAGGAGAUUGGGGAGAAAGCCGAGGGAAGCUCGGCGAGGUUGGUGCCGGAGCAGGAAGAGAAACCUCAUCUUCCCACAGCCAAGGACCGGGUUCCCACCUCGGCCAAAGAUGCAAAUGGAUCAUCGAAAGAUCAGAAAGCAAAGGGCUCGACUGGAGGAGUGGCUGAGCCAAAGAAUACAGUGAGACUGGAGACGACAAAAGAUGAUGGACCAACUGAUUUGAGAGUGUAUGAACUCAAUUCAGACAGUGGGAAGUCCACGCCAUCCAAUAAUGGAAAGAAAGGGUCGAGCACUGACAUCAGUGAGGACUGGGAAAAAGACUUUGAUCUGGAUAUGACUGAGGAGGAGGUCCAGUUGGCACUAUCGCAGGUGGAUGUGACAGAUCAUCAGCUGGAAGAUGAGGAUUGGGAGAAUUGGGAAUAAAAUGCGUUGGACACUACAUUUCCCGCUGAUUUCUCGAAUUGUUUUUUCUUGAUGUAAUGGAACCGGUGUUUAUAUUCUUAGCCCGUAGUGUAAAUACAGGUAUUGUAUGUCAUUGCUUCAAUAAGCUUGAGGAACAUCUUUUCUACUGCAUGUUAUUGUAUCAUAUACAGGCUUUUGAGCAUGUGACGGACUCCCAGAUCUAUCAGCAUGGUUUAUUACUGUUGACUUCUAUUCGGUGAGAGGCAUCACUGAAUGUUUCUAAUGAUAUUUUGUUUCCUGGUAAUGAAGCUGGUUGUUUGUGCAAUAUAUAUUUUAAAUUAUACAUGCAUUUUCUAGCCCUCAGAUAUAAGAAACCAUUAGUUUUGUAAUUCAAAUUCCCUUAGAUCUUUUACAGAUUUGCACUUGCAGCUAUGAAAGUUAAAUUAUACAGUUAAUUCACUAAUGCGUUCUCUGUUUGAGCACCUUUUAAAUAAAAAGUCAGCGACAAUGCUGAUGGGAAGUUGUUUCUCCAUUAGUCACAGUGAAGCGAAAGCUGCUUUAAAACUGGAGCAUUACAAAAUAAAAGUGAAAAUAAUUUCGAUGCUAAAUCUAUUGGCAUUUAAAAAUCCUGUGAGUUCUCUAUUUAAAAAAAAAAUCAUUCCUUGUAGCCAAUCAUAAGCUAAUGUCAAUUGAAUUCUGUUUUGAACGUUGAAUAUUGAAUCGGGGAUGUGGAAAUGUUAACUUAUGCCCCAUCCACCCUGUCACGGUGAUGGUGAUGGUGGGAUAUGUCCAGAGAUUUAUUGCAGGGUGGCGCUGGAGGUUAGUGUUUACAGCUCAGCCUCACCAGGGGCAAGGGCUUGAAGAGAGGUGGGCAGGAGCAGAGUUCAGCUUGUGGUUAUUGGGUAUUUAACCUGAGAUCUCUCUGUUCAGCAUGCUUUCUGGUUGUGACAGGUGAGAACGUUAUAAAAGAAAACAAAUGCUUUGUGAAAACGUAAAACUUGCAUUCCAUAAAGAAUCUGAAAGCACGAUUUGAGUCUGAAAUAAUAAGUGCUGGACCUACUCGGCAGGUCAGGCAGCAUCUGUAGAGAGAGAGUAAAUGUUUCAAAUCCAGGGCCUUUCCCCUGAUGAAUGAUCUUUGACCUGCAGUAGCCACACUGCUUUGAUCUGUGGACCUGCCGUUUGCUUUCCUCAUUAAUGUCCUCUUUGUGCGACCUUGCUCAUGUGUGCAUUACCAUUGUUUCUGGGCUACCACUCACUGUCGACUAGGUUCAAGUUUGAAGAGAUCACUACAAAACAGAUGGAUUUUUCUUAAAGAAAUUAAGUGCAGCUUAUGUAAAUUAGAAACGAGAAUUAAAAACGAGAGAUACUCUGGA